AGCCUACUCACCCCCAGCAUACAGGACACAGCGGUCUCCUCUCCAACGUCGCGCCGCCCUCCACCCCGCCCAAGACUGAUCCGCCGCUGCACAGCGACCCUGCGCCACCGCCUCGUAUGCCUCGCGGCGUCAAGAAGGAGGAGAGCAUGCAGGAUGCAGACUACUUGCCCGACGCGUCAGUGCCCGCCAUGCCAGACGCGAGCAAUGGCGUAGGCGGGGCAGACACGCCCAACACGGACAGCAUCACCAUCAAGAACCACUUCCCCGUCGCGCGCAUAAAGCGCAUCAUGCAGGCCGACGACGAUGUCGGCAAGGUCGCUCAGGUCACGCCCGUCGUUGUUUCGAAAGCGCUCGAGCUCUUCAUGAUCUCCCUCGUCACCAAAGCCGCGGCCGAAGCCAAAGCGCGCAACUCCAAGCGUGUCGGCUCCAUCCACCUCAAGCAAGCCAUCACCAAGACCGACCGCUUCGACUUCCUCAACGAGAUCGUGUCCAAGGUCGCCGACGCGCCGGAGAAGAGUGAGGGCGACAUGGACGUGGAUGGCAAGAAGAAGAAGACUUCAAGCCGGAAAAAGAAGAAGGCAGAGAGUGACGACGACUUUUGAGUCUGAGCGCGCCGGUAGUGGCGGACCUCGAGGCCUUCUCGACAUUAGGGGAAGCUCAUGCCGCCAGCUUUCCACCCUCUGGCAUUCCAACCUGGCCAUGAUCGGAUACACGGUUGCCGUCCCUCAUGGAUGAGCGCCAUUAGUUUUGUUUCUGCGGUCGCACGUCUGGCUGACUCCACUUCACAGCCGGAUACGACAUAUAAAGACGACUCUUCAGGUUGUCAGGCGUUAACUAUCUCCCGGGCAUUGCAUGGGCGGCGUUCUUUGUUGUUGCAUGGACCACGAUACCAAUGAAUACAGAUGCAUAAUUCUUCCCA